UCAUCCUCGCCAACAGCCUGAUGGGGAUGAGGCUCCAAGCUGGCAGGGUGCGGGAUGGAUGGCUCCUUGGUGACAGCGGCUAUCCACUGAAGGGGUGGUUGAUGACCCCCCUCACCAACCCCCAGACUGCCCGAGAACUCGCUUACAACCACGCUCAUACCAUCACUAGAGCUGUUGUAGAGCGAGCGAUCGGGCAGCUGAAAUGUCGGUGGCGCUGCCUGGACAGGAGCGGGGGGAUGCUGCUGUACCGCCCCGACAAGGUGGGCCGCAUCAUUAUUGCUUGUGCCACCUUGCACAAUCUGGCGCACCGCCAUGGCGUCCCACUGGCAGAGGUGGAGGAGCCGGCAAACGAGCCAGAGCCAGCACCCCCCCUUGUGCAACCUCAUGCAGCUGCCAUUCGGGCCCGACAACGUGUCAUUGACACACUAUAGAUGGGAAACUCAGUCAAGGUUCAUUUUUUAACGUUUUAUUAUUGUAUUAUUUUAGU